AUGUUUCCAACAGUGGCACGAUUGUCCAAAGCCUCUCGACGACCUUUGACAACAAAGAGAGGAAAUAAGGACUACUACAAAGGUACUCGUCAGGCUUUUCUCCCAGGUGGCCAUCGCACUGGUGCUCCAGGUAAACAUGUCGUUCGGGGAAAGGCGAAGUAUCGUCUACUGGACGAAAAAGUGAGAGUGUUCGUGGCUCCGCCAUUGCAUGUCAUCGAAUCAUCACCGCUAAAGCCGUACGUCCAUACCUCUGUAAGGCACACAAAAUCCCAAGGACUCACGCCGUACGGAAAAUUCAAAACCGUUGGUGGUUUGACAUCGGAACAUUACUUCAAAUUGCUACGAACCACUGCCGCAGAACAACAUAAACGUGCAAAGAACGGCCAGUUGGUGGAGGCAGAUGCACAAGGAGCUGUAACACCUGAUGGUCAACAGAAUCCAACACUGUUAAAUAGGGCUAUGGAGACAUUGGGGUUGCGAUGA